UACUAUGGAGAAUUCCAUAUGAAUGUCAAAGACCUGGACCCUAUCGAGGGAUUUUACUUAUUAAUAUCGUACAUCAAGGAAGAUGAAACUAAUAUCACCAAGUCAAUGGUUGAAAAUGGAUGCAGACAACUCGAAUUGAUGGGGGAUAUUGGAAUUCAGCAUCACGAUAUUGCAAAGAGAAACUGCAAAGUUGCCAAUGGCAAUAUUGUAUUCUUGGACUUCUCUCAUGCUAAGAACCAGGAGCCCAAGUACAAUAACUCUGACGAUAUUCAUGAUCUUUAAUACAUUUAUGAGUACAACAGACUCGAAGAAAGCGAUGAUGAUAAUUAUUCCACAGUUGCAUCAGCUCCAUUCUCAGAGGUGCAAUUCCCAAGCACCGAUUGAACAGAGCCUACGAAACCUGAUACAAAAUAAUUUAUAUUUGGUUUAAUAAUAUAUGAAUGUUUAUCUUUGGAAUAUAUGUAGUAUCUUCAAAUGUU